GAAAUAAAAAUGUAAAUGAUAUACGAACGAAGAAGAGAUUGAAUACAUCGUAAACGGUGAUCUCAUUCUCAUUAAGACACUGAUUGAUUCUUGUUGUUGACGCGUUACAUUCGAUAUGCUACAUAGCUUCUUCUUCUUCUUCUUCAUACGCAAUCGAAUUCUCACCUAAAUUGUUGUUGUUGGUAAUUUGGAUCUGAUCGGAUCCAGCUAUGUCCAAGUCUCUACCCUACUCCAGAAAAGACGUUGACUAUGAUAACGCCAAGUUUCGCCCUCGUUCUUUCUUCAAGGUUAUUACUCAGAGCUUCCUCACCAGUAACCGAAAGCGUGAUUGUAUUAGCUGCAGUACUGGGAAGUUUCUGUUCUUGAUAUUGAUCUUUGGUGUAACAUACCUUGUGUUGACUCAUACUCCAAGUCCAGGCCGUGUGGUUUCUCGAGAUCAAGUAUUUGGAAUUCAAAAUAAUGAAACAGAUAACAGCAGUAAUAGUGGUGCUGGAAGAUUAAAAAAAUUCUGGAGACGGGCGCCAAGACUUCCUCCUCAAUUACCACCUGAUACCAAAGUGAGUAAUAAUAACCAUGUACCUGCAACACUAGAUGACAAAUCGUUGUGGAUUACUAGGCAACAAAAAGUCAAGGAAGCUUUUACUCAUGCGUGGUCGGGCUACAAAAAAUAUGCCAUGGGUUAUGAUGAGCUUAUGCCAGUUAGCCAACAUGGAACUGACGGAUUGGGGGGAUUAGGUGCUACGGUAGUGGAUGCUCUCGAUACAGCUAUGAUAAUGGGUAUUGAUGAAGUUGUUGCCGAAGCAGGAUUGUGGGUUGAAGAACACCUUUCUGAGAGAAUUAGCAAAAAAGGUCAAGUAAAUUUAUUCGAAACUACAAUACGGGUUUUGGGAGGGCUUUUAAGUGCGUAUCAUCUAAGUGGCGGGGAACAAGGAACGAACGUAACUCAUGCAGGACCUAAACCGUCUGUUUAUCUAGAAACGGCUAAAAAUUUGGGCGACCGUCUUCUAUCUGCUUUCACAUCAAGUCCAACUCCUAUUCCAUUUAGUGACGUUGUUCUGCAUGACUCGUCAGCACAUAAUGCUCCCGGUGGACUGAGUAGCACGUCAGAAGUUUCCACAUUGCAGCUCGAGUUCAAUUAUCUCAGUGCUGUAUCUGGUGAUCAGAAAUAUGGUUUGGAGGCAAUGAAAGUCAUGGAACACAUAAAGACUCUUCCAAAGGUUGAAGGACUAGUCCCUAUCUACAUUAGCCCUGAUUCUGGUCAGUUUAGUGGAGAAAAUAUUAGACUGGGAUCUCGUGGUGACAGUUACUAUGAGUACUUACUUAAAGUAUGGCUUCAGAGUGGAACUAGUAGAGAUAGCAAUUCAUCAUAUUUAUAUGAGAUGUAUAAGGAAGCAAUGACCGGUGUUAGGCAUCUUCUUGUUAAGAAAACAGUUCCAAAUGGACUAGUUUUUGUUGGAGAAUUGCCUUCUGGAUCAAAUGGUGGUUUCAGCCCAAAAAUGGAUCAUCUGGUGUGUUUCUUAUCUGGAACUCUUGCACUUGGUGCCACUAAAGGCCUUACAAAGAAACAAGCUAUGGAAAACAACAUGCUUAACUUUGAAGACCUAGAAAAUUUGAAGCUUGCAGAAGAUUUGGCUAAAACAUGCUUUGAGAUGUACUCAGUGACUUCAACUGGCCUGGCUCCUGAAAUUGCUUACUUUCAUACUGAGGAAUUUUCUGAACAAGGUCAUGAUGGAGGAAAUAAGAGCUCAGAAUAUAUUAAUGACAUCAUAAUAAGACCUGCUGAUCGUCAUAAUCUCUUGAGACCUGAGACUGUGGAGUCGUUCUUUGUUUUGUACCGCAUUACAGAAGAUCUAAAAUAUCGUGAAUGGGGUUGGCAAAUCUUUGAAGCCUUUGAAAAGUACACAAAGAUUGAUACUGGUGGCUAUAGUUCUUUGGACGACGUAACCAUUAUUCCUCCUCCUAGAAGAGAUAAAAUGGAGACUUUCUUUCUAGGAGAAACACUUAAGUAUUUAUACUUGCUUUUUGGGGAUAGCUCCCAUAUUCCAUUGGACAAAUUUGUUUUCAACACAGAAGCGCAUCCUAUACCAAUCAAUUUGAAGAAAUGAGUUUUGUUCAUUAAAGGCAUUCAAUAGACGGUUUUUAGAAAUCCCCAUUGUGUUGGCACAGUGUGAGAUGCUUCUUUGAAGUUACUCUGACAUCUCUGAAUCUAAGCAAGAGAGCUGCUGGUUGUAGAGGAAUUAAUUAGCUUGGUUCUCGGGGAAAAUAGAAACUAUCCAAUAUUAUUUGAAACAUACAGUACAUCAGCAAAAUGCUGCAGGAGGCUGUCACUGAAUUAUAUGACUUUUUUUUUCUUGGAUUUACAACCAGGCUUCUUGGUGAGACUGUAAAUUUUGUUUCAACAAUCAUAAACCAAGAGCAGCUUUUGUAAUUAAACUCUAUGAUUUUUCAAUAUCUUGCUGGAUUCUUGGCAUUUUCAAAAGUUAUUAUACUAUUGUCAUCAAGUUCCUAAAUGUUCUACUUA